CAACACCACAGUGGAUCUGAGCAUGGGACUGAAGCAGUGACAGGCUGAUGAUUGACAGCAAGCUUUGUUUUAAACAUUAACAGCAGGCUGUGGGAUUUCAUUACACCGCAGUUUCUUGUUUUCCUGAAUAGUGUGCAUGGCGGAUUAUGGUGUAAAUGCACAAGUCUCGUUGUGCUCCGUCCCUGCACUGCGCGUCUCUUCAUGAAAGGUGAACAGGAGGAACCUGCACAAUAACCAUGAACAGUCCGCCAAGCCCUUCUCCAGCCCGAUGGUUCAAAGCGCUGCGAAGGACCAGGCUGGGGGAGCCCUGUUUGAGGACAUACCCUCUGGAGUAUGAGGAUCUGCUGAAGAGGGCAAGAGUUGCUUUUCAAGCUGGACGCACCCUCAAGGAGGGCUUCAGACUGGCUCAGCUGGAGGCUGUGGUGCGGAUGCUGGAGGAACAUGAGUGUGACUUUGUGGAUACUCUUGGAAGGGACCUUCAUAUGCCAAGGUUUGAGACAGUUGUGUCAGAACUGAUUCUUGUCAAGAAUGAGGCACUUCAUGCUAUCAACAACCUUAAGAAGUGGAUGCAGCCUCAGCAUGUGGAAAGAAACCUGUCCACCACGUUGGAUGAGUGUCUGAUGGUCAGUGAGCCACUGGGGGUGGUGUUCAUCAUGGCGACCUGGUGCAGUCCUGUCCAAACAUGUCUGGUGCCGCUGGUAGGGGUCAUCGCAGCAGGAAACUGUGCAAUCAUCAGCCCCCAUGAGUACACCACUCACACAGCAGAGCUUCUUCAUCGUCUCAUCCCCUUUUACUUGGACAAUGAAUGCUUCCAUGUGAUUCUUGCAGGCACACAUGACUUGCCUGAAGUUGUGGAACUUAAAUUUGACCAUGUCUUCUUUACAGGCAACAGGGAGGAGGGAAGCAGAAUUGCUCAGGCUGCAGCUCGCACACUCACACCCAUCACACUGAUUUUGGGAGGCAAGAACCCAUGUUAUGUGGACCAACACUGUGACAUUGCCACCACCGCACAGCGCAUCACCUGGGCACGUUUUCACAAUGUUGGACAGAGCUUGGUGGCUCCUGACUACAUCCUUUGCCACACUGAUGUCCAAGUACGGCUGGUGCAGGCCCUGAAGUGCUGCCUGAUGCAGUUCUACGGUUCGGAUCCCAGAGAAUCCCGCAGUUACGGCCGCAUGGUCAAUCUAGAAGUCUUCAACCGUACGAGAGAAAUGCUGUGGAGAUCAGGCAAGGUGGCUGUGGGUGGGCAAGUGAUUGAAGCAGAAAAAUAUAUUGCUCCAACAAUCUUGACAGAGGUAGUAGAAUCAGAUCCCAUUAUGCAACAGGACAUUUCUGGCCCAGUCCUUCCUGUUCUGACUGUGAACAAUGUGGAUGAAGCAAUUGCCUUCAUUAAUAAGCAAGAGAAACCCCUCUGUGUGUAUGCAUAUUCCAGCAACAGCAAAGUCAUCUCAAGGCUAAUGAGUGAGACCUCUAGUGGAAGCUUUUGCUCCAAUGACAGCGUCCUGCAAAGUCUGAUGGUGGCUCUGCCUUUUGGAGGAGUUGGUGCCAGUGGAAUGGGCUCCUACCAUGGACGCUACAGCUUUGAUACCUUCUCUCACAGGAAAUCAUGCCUGCUAAGAGGCACACGUUUUGAGUGUGUAACUUAUCUCCGUUAUCCGCCCUAUGAGGACCGCAAUCUGUCUCUAAUGACAUGGGCCAGUACCCUGUCCCAGAGGAGCCAGGGCUGGUGCCAGAUCCUGUGACGGUGGGAGGGUCAACGGAGCCAUGUUGGAAGAAAGCCGGGUGCACCCUAAGUCCUGAAUAGUUGUGACAUGCAGAUGUAUUGUUCGUGUAUUAAAAAUAGAUGAGAACAAAAACAACUGGGGUACAGCCACAUCUAAUAAAGGGGGGGGGGGGGGGGGU